AAGUACACAUGCACAUAUUGCAGCGCGUUCACGAGCGCUCUCCUGACCAACUUCCAGGGCAGCAGCAGUGAAGUAGUUUGAAGAGGAAAAUUGAGACUCCGUAAACAGUUGAGAAGCUCACCAAAUAUAAAACUGACACAGGCCAAAGCCAGGCAGCCACUAUGGACGAUUUAGACGCGUUGCUGGCGGACCUGGAAUCUACUACGUCCCACAUCUCAAAGCGACCUGUGUUCUUGUCUGACGAGACCCCCUACUCCAUCCCCACCGGAGGACACUCCUACCAGGAUGUGUCAGUUCCACCUCCAGUCCCUCCUCCACCCUCAGCCGAGGCUCUGAACGGGUCCCUGAUAGAUCAGCCGGACUCCCACCACUCCUCUCAGCAGUCGUUAGGUUCGGCUCAGAAGAGCUCAUGGUCCAGGGACAGUAGCAGCUCUCCGUUGUCUCACAUUGAAGAGGACCACGUCUACAGUUUUCCAAACAAACAGAAGUCAUCAGACCCGUCAACAGCAGCCAUGACCUCUGCCCUGGGAAGUAACCUCUCAGAGCUCGACAGGCUGCUGCUGGAACUCAACGCAGUGCAACAGAGCUCCCCUUCAUUCCCCACUACAGAGGAGGCAGCUCCACCUUUACCAUCCUGCAGCAUCACCCACUACGAGAACGGCAGCGCCCCUGACAUCAUGGUGAGCCCUCCCCCUCAGGACAAACCCAAGCGGAACGGAACAAGGCUGGAUGAGACCCGACCCACUGUGGAGAGUCUGCUGGACGAGCUGGAGGGCUCAGUGCCUUCACCCAGCCCCUCCGCUCACCACAGCGAUUUGGACACACCCUCUCAGCAGCAAGCCAGAAUUUCAGCUUCCUGUGCCACAAGAGAGCUAGAUGAGCUGAUGGCUUCUUUGUCUGACUUCAAGCCCAGUUCUUUGGGCUCUCUGCUGGACCCAGCAGGAGCAUCUUCCAGCUCUCCUCAUCCUCCAGUCUCUUCCUCCAUCACCCCAGUGGCUUCUCCUUUCCUUAGUCUGUCCCACCCGUCUGCCUGUGCCUCUCCUCUCUUCUCUUUGCCUGCGGGUCUAGAGCUGCACAUAGAUGAGGAUGGAGGAGACGGUGGCAUGUCGAUGCCCCAUCUGAACCGCCUCCCUCCCCACAGUCCUAUAUCCACACUCUCUGCAGUCAGUGACCUAGACUUGGACUCUGUCAUAGAUGUCUCUGCCACCAUGCUGUCGUCCCAAACCAAGUCUCUGCUAGUCCUCUCUCAGUCUGCUUCCUCUAACUCCAGCCUGAUGAGAAAUAGCCCAAGUCCUUCCAAUACCACCACCACCCCCUCACUUACCUCAGUUAACACCGUCCUGGACCACAAGUCCUCCAAGUCCCCUAGUCCAUCUGUAGAACGGGUCUCACCCUCAAAUACUGUCAGUAAAUUCUCUUGUGCUCCUGAGAGCAAGGGGUCUGCUUCUUUUCAUGACCUCGAUUUGACUUUCUCCACUCCUCCUCCUUCAAAAAACCUUACCCCUCCUCUCUCAGCUCCAAAGACUCCUUCACCCCUCCCUGUUGCUGUCUCUAUAGCUCAGCCUUCUGCACAUGCUUCCUCAAAAACAUCCUCACCAUCUCCAGUCUCUCCAUUGAUGGUCCCCUCUCCACUGGCCUUCACUAGCCCCAGCAGACAGCUGUUUGAGUCGGCACCCGCAGCCCAGAGAGCCAGCCCCCUCGCUGUACAGCAACCCUCCAUGGUAGAGCCUUCCCUGGACGAGGCACUAGACAAGCUGCUAGCAAUGAGUUUUGCAGAGAAUCACUCAGCAGCACAUGUGGAGGAACCACAGCUGAAGAUGGAGGCACAGUGUCUAGGCAGAGGAAUGCAGGAGGUGCACGAGGAGUUCAUCCUGCCCAUGGACAGAAACAGCGUGCAGCCGGACACUUUCACCAGCGCCACCAACACCAUCACAGACGACUCAGUGGACGGAGGCACUGAUGGGAAUGGAGAUCUGGACUGGGCUGAUGAGGAGCUGUCCGUGUCCUUCCAUGAUGGACUGGAUGGCACCAUGACGCCUUACACUGACAGGCCGUACACCGAUGGCAGCAUGACCCCGCUGACAGAGGCCAGCUGGAUGGAUGAGUCCAUGACACCAUCUUCAUGCCCCGGGACCCCUGACGUUGCCCUGGACCUGCCCCUGCUGCAGAAUCCUAAUAUAGACAGAGUCUCUGCAUCCGGACAUAUAAAAUCAGUGAUUAGACGCACCAAGGAGACUCCCAAUGUGCACCCCAUGUACCGAGAUGGUCACCUGCGCAGGAAGAUGGGACCCAUCAUUGUAAACAAGAACACUUCUCAGGACCGCCUCAUAGAGGAGCUUCAGGGCAAGUUUGGGAUCGGCCGCUCAGAGCGGCGACGUAAGCAGUCUGAUGACUGGCUGACAGAGGGUGUCAUUGUCUUGUCCAAACCCCAGCGAUUCCGUCCUGAUGGAGCCGGCAGUGAGGUCGAAAAGAUCAUAAUUCCCCCAGAGUCGCCUGUCCCUGUGAGGAAGGUGCUCCCACCUCUCUCUCCUCCCACCCCUCGUCGCCCUCCUAUUGUAGAAGAAACUAAGCGAUCACUCCCAGUACAGCAGCCCCCUGUCCCUAUACCACCACCACCUCCUCUUCCUCCUCUUCCACCUCCCUCUCCCCCUCCACAACCUCCCUACAUCCAGGAUCCAGUUCCCGCUGCACCGCGGCGGAUUAUAAAAGCUGCACCUCCACCUGCCCCAAUUCAGGAACAGCCUGCCCCCAAACCAGAGCCCCCUCCUCCUGUUCUUAAAACCCCAACCCGGCCUCCACCAGUAGAGCCAAUGACACCAAUUGUACCCAAAGUCCUGGUGUCUGUAGGCUGCCAAACAGAGUGUGACCCAAUCUUCCCUCCAAUGCAGAUUAUGGCCCAAGGAAAGGGUGGCGUUCCAGGUGGGCCUCCGACACAGGUCAACAAGCUGGACAAUAUGCUUGGUAGCCUGCAGUCUGACCUCAACAAACUGGGUGUGCAGACGGUAGCUAAAGGAGUUUGCGGUGCCUGCUGUAAGCCAAUUGUGGGACAGGUGGUGACUGCCAUGGGCCGCACAUGGCACCCUGAACACUUUGUGUGCACACACUGUCAAGAGGAGAUAGGCUCCAGGAACUUCUUUGAGCGUGACGGACAGCCAUACUGUGAGACAGAUUACCAUAACUUGUUCUCCCCACGGUGCUACUACUGCAACGGGCCCAUACUGGAUAAAGUUGUGACGGCGCUGGAUAGGACAUGGCAUCCUGAACACUUCUUCUGCGCUCAGUGUGGAUCCUUCUUUGGCCCAGAGGGUUUUCAUGAAAAGGACGGAAAAGCCUAUUGCAGGAAGGAUUACUUUGACAUGUUUGCACCAAAAUGUGGCGGCUGUGCCAGAGCCAUUUUGGAGAACUACAUCUCAGCGCUGAACAGCCUUUGGCAUCCUGAGUGUUUUGUUUGCAGGGAGUGCUUCACCCCGUUUGUGAAUGGAAGUUUCUUUGAGCACGAUGGCCAGCCCUACUGUGAAGUGCACUACCACGAGCGCCGUGGCUCCCUCUGCUCCGGCUGUCAGAAGCCCAUCACGGGACGCUGUAUCACAGCCAUGUCCAAGAAGUUCCACCCGGAGCACUUUGUCUGCGCCUUCUGCCUGAAACAACUCAACAAAGGCACCUUUAAAGAACAAAAUGACAAACCCUACUGCCAUGGCUGCUUCAUCAAGCUGUUCAGUUAGGGAGAGCAUUAAACACUACUACGUAUGGGUCAGGGCUUAGAUAAGUGUCUAAAGCAUCUUUAGCACAGGUAGGGUGGGAAUGGGAUUAAUUGUGUUAGUAUCAAAGAAGGUUGUCUGAACUCUGAUGAUCUCAUUGGAAGUGUGUAUGGAUUAGGUAUGUGCAUGUGGUUGAAGCAGCAUACUGUCUCUGCCAGACUAAAAUACUUUUAACUUGUCCUUCAGAAAUUUGGAUAAACAUCCCUGUCCCCCCUGACAGCUGUGGAUUUUUGAAGUUCUUAUCGGUUUUGAGUGGGUCAAUAAGGCCAAGUGUGACGCAGAUAUACUCAACAUUCAAAAGAAAAUGAAAAUCUUGAGUUCAAGAAAAAUUCUGAAAACAUCCAAAGUUGACAUUACAAGUGUUUUUCAAAUCAAUUCUGAUAUGCAGAAGACUGAGGGUUUUUUUAAAUCCCCUGAGCUGUCCUCCUUUUCUGUAAUUCUUGCAUAAUUGUGUUUUCAAAUCUUUUUAGUUUUUAUCUUGCUAGAUGGUGCUGAAAUCGUACUGAACACUGUAGAAAUCCAUGAAAUACUCUGCGUGUUUGACAUUGUUGCUCACUGGCUGAGCGUGUCAUUUUAGAAACCAUAAAAAAAGAAAUAUAAAAAUCAGAAAACUAUAGCGGGGAGCAGGUGACCUGUUUUUUAACAUUACAAUAUAAAACGUUUUUACAACAGAUGGUAAAAGGCUUUUAGGUAGCAUUUAGCUUUUUUUCCAUGGUAUAAAGUUGGACAGAGCAGAUGGAUAAACCCAUGAUAUCACUGUAGCAUUGACUGGAAAUGGGCUUGUCAGAAUUCACAAUUAUUUAGUAAGUGUGAAAUUGAUUGCAGUGUCUUUAGACUUUUACAGACGCAAUCACUCAUUCAACCUAAGAAAACACCAGCAUAUAAAGAUUUUAAGUGUGGAUACCAGAAUGUUACAAAACUGAGUUUCUUUUAUAAAUGAAGCAAGGAUUGAAUUAAUCAGUUUUAUACAGCUUCCAAAAUCAGAAGCACACCUAUUUUUUAGCCAAAGGCAAACCAUGCAUGGAUGAACAUUUUACUGUGAUUCUUAAUGAAGAAAUUCAAUACGCAGGCGUCCGCCAGUAGCUGCAGUAUUCACUCUGUUACAUGUUUAAACAAACCUCGCGUUUUUGUGCUGCCAAAUCAUUCCUUGAUACUUUUCACAGAAGAAAAGAGAAAACAGUCUGAAAACAGUUUCUUGCAGUUGUCUCAUACAGUAAAGUGGAACCACACAAAUUUAUUGGGAGUAUACUGUGCAUCUCUUACGCUACCGUUACUGUUUCUGAGUACAUCCUGAGAAGUUUUUUGUAAAUAUCCAAUGCAGCUACAUUGUAAGCAACGCACUGGCAUGCUUAGCAUGUACA